AUGAGAAAAGAAGCAGCGAGGGCCACCAUCUCCGAAAAUCCUCGCUUCGGAAGGGCAUCCUCACCACAGACUUUUUUCCGUGUAGGACAGGUAUUUAUCACCCAUAUUGAAGCGAAAUUGUAUCUUCAACGACAUAAACCUGGAAAUGUGGACUGGGAUAAUCUUCCUCUUGAGCCGAUCUCAUUUCUGAAAGAGCGGCAUAAUGAUCAGUUCGAGUAA